CUAUGCAAAAACAGUGUUCCUUCAGUAUUACUGCUCCAGACGUUUCCUUUUUUCUGAUCGAUCGGCAAUCAUGAGUAACACCAAAAACUUCAGCGUCUUCGACUUCCUCAAGGCUUGGAAAUCCGGCUGCCAAAAUUCAGAUUAUCAACACCCGAUCUUCCCAUCAGCCCCAGGAACUGCAGCCCAAAACCCCUACCAUCCGUGCAUCGGGUCUCUCGAUGACAAUCGGUAUCGGAGGUGUCUCCCCGUCAACAGAGGCAUCAAUAUCGUCCCGGAAAUGCAUGCUUACGUGGUUGAGAGGUUCGGACAAUACUCAAAAACUCUCGACCCCGGUAUCCACAUUUUGAUACCUUUUGUUGACAGGAUUGCCUACGUGCAUUCCUUGAGGGAAAAGACAAUCGAAAUAUCAUCCGUAACUAGUGUAACCAAGGACAACAUUCCGGCAUCCGUUACUGGGGUGGUUCGGACUCAGGUUGUCGAUCCUUAUCGAGCAUCAUACGGGAAUGAUGAUCCGAUAGAUGCAGUGACCCAAGUGGCUGAAUCGACAAUGAGUGAAAUUCUUGGGAAGAUUGGGUCGGAUAAGACUAAGGAAGAGCUCGAGGGAUUGUACCAAAGCGCUGUGGAUGACAUCAACAAGACUGCUUCACUAUGGGGACUAAAGUGCUUCGGCUUCGAGAUCAAGGGUGUCUCGCCGCCUGAGAUACUGAGGCUACAGGUGGAUAUGGCAAAGAAGAAGCAGGCUGAGCAGGAAAUUGAGGCAACGAAGGAGAGGAUGGUGCAACUGCCAAAGCCCGAGUAAAAGGCCCCGAAUGAUUAAGUUGCUUCUAUCAUUAGUCUUUUAGUUUCUUGCUUAAUUAGAGACUUUUAGGAGUGACAUAUAUAGUAUAAAUUAGCUAUGGUUUG